UUAAACCGGAGCCUGAGAGUCUAAACACAACUUGGACAAUGGAUCUCCUUAUGAAGGGUGCACAGCCAAAUGAACCGGAUUCAUAUCUGUGCGCAGCCUACAAAGUUACUGGUGACGAGGCCUAUAUUUAUAAAUUUGAGGCUCUGGCAGAUGCUUCUACUGUGCAUCAUAUUCUGGUGUAUGGUUGCGAUGGAGAAGCAUAUUCUGAUAAACCUGUGUGGCGAUGUCCUGCCAUGUGCAAGAGCUACAAGUCAACCAUUCUGUUUGCUUGGGCCAAGAAUGCUCCACCAACAGUAUUGCCCAAAGAUGUUGGCUUGAGAAUAGGUCAGAGGUCAUCUAUUAAAACAAUUGUUUUGCAAGUGCACUAUGGGAAAUCUUUCCCUGUUUGUAUGUUUUUCUCUGGAAACAUGGUUAUUUACCAAAUUUUUGUAUAUUUUCUGUCUUUCUGA